GUCCAAGCGGCCUGCCUGGCCUCAGCAGGGGAAGAAUGUGUGAAGCUGCCCUGCGUCCCUCCAUUUUCUCAAAAACAUUUUCUCGUUCCCCUCUCCUUCACCUCCCCGGAGAGAGCAGCGUUGGAGUUUGCCCUCGACGUCUUUCUUACUUUGUUGGGGAAGGCCGCCUGCCUGGCCGUCCUCUCUGACCGUUCAACAUGGCGUUGGUGGUAGCACAGACAGGCACUGUGGGUGGCUCUGCAGCUCCUGCGGCACCUACAAACAGAGCAACUCCGCAGGGUGGUAUAUUCGAUCGUCUGAACCCGUCUCAGUAUGAUCCAAAGAACCCGCUUACCUUGUUCAUCAUCCAGGCUAGCAUUAUUGUCAUUUUCUGCCGUCUUUUACAUUUCCCACUGUCUAAGAUUCGGCAGCCUCGUGUGAUAUCAGAGGUGAUCGGUGGGAUCCUGCUCGGUCCGUCUGUGAUGGGCAGGAUCCCCGGAUUUCGAGAUGCCAUUUUUCCAGAAGAGUCGCUGCCAAAUCUCAACCUGGUGGCUAACCUUGGAUUGGUGUUGUUCCUUUUCAUGAUCGGUGUUGAAACUAAUAUUAAAACCCUCACGAGCAAUUGGAAAGUUGCCGUUGGCGUAUCCGCAGCCGGUAUGAUUCUCCCGUUUGGACUGGGCUGCGGCAUCGCAUAUGGGUUGUACCACGAGUUCCGCAAUGAUCCCGGACUGGCUCCAAUUAGCUUUGGUACCUAUAUGCUUUUCAUCGGUAUUGCAAUGGCUAUUACUGCAUUCCCCGUGCUUUGCCGUAUACUAACUGAACUGGAACUGCUAAACACGAAUGUUGGAGUUAUUGUUCUUUCGGCUGGUGUUGGAAACGAUGUUGUCGGCUGGGUCCUUCUCGCUCUUUGCGUUGCUCUCGUCAACGCAAACACGGGUAUAACUGCACUCUGGGUGCUGCUGGCUUGCAUUGGCUUUACUCUGUUCCUGAUAUAUGCGGUUCGCCCCGUGUUCCACUGGUUUUUGAAGCGAACUGGCAGUCUGCACGAUGGCCCUAAUCAGUCCGUCGUUGCCUUAACACUCCUUUUAGCCCUGGCAGCUGCCUUUUUCACCCAGGUAAUUGGUGUGCAUGCAAUCUUUGGCGGCUUUUUGGUUGGAAUUAUCUGUCCCCACGACGGAGGAUUUGCUAUCAAACUCACUGAAAAGAUUGAAGAUGUAAUUGGUGCCCUCUUCCUUCCGCUCUAUUUUGCACUUUCUGGGCUUAAUACGAACGUCGGCUUGCUCAACUCUGGUAUAGUGUGGGGUUAUGUAUUUGCUGUUGUUUUUAUUGCUUUUAUCGCCAAGGUUACUGGUGGAAUGUUGGCCUCUCGGUUUCACGGCUUGCUUUGGAGGGAGAGUGCAACUAUCGGAGUGCUGAUGAGUUGCAAAGGUUUAGUCGAGCUUAUUGUCUUGAAUAUCGGCCUUCAGGCGAAGAUCCUCAGUAGUCGUACGUUUACUAUCUUUAUAGUAAUGGCCCUGAUUACAACCUUUGCUACUACGCCUCUUACCCUGUGGUUAUACCCUGAAUGGUAUCAAACCAAGGUAGAUCGGUGGAGGCGUGGAGAAAUCGACUGGGAUGGAAAUGUACUCGAUUCUGAGAGCGAUCACAGCGGUGGCAGCUCAGAUCUCGCUCAGCAGAAGGCCCGUUCCUUGUCCAUCAGAAAGCUGAUGGUUUACCUCCGCCUCGACAAUCUUCCAGGCCUUUUCACGUUUAUUUCUUUGUUGGGAGCCGAUGAUAUGACAACUGUUGAAGUUUCGAAAACUCAUCAUAGCCACGACAGCAACGGGGGUGACCGAUCCACCAGUGCAAAGAGAAACAAACCCGUCGAAGUUCAUGGAAUUCGACUCAUCGAGCUCACGGAUCGUGACUCUAGUGUCAUGAAGGUGUCAGAGGUUCACGACUACAGCUUUAGCGACCCUAUUCUAAACACAUUCCGUACCUUUGCGCAACUGAAUAGAGUUGCCGUUUCCGGUGCAGUCGUUAUUGCACCGGAACAUGCAUACGCGGAAACAUUGGUCAACAAAGCUCGGGACUUCUCUUCGGACUUCAUGCUCAUUCCAUGGAGCGAAACUGGUGCCAUGAGCGAACGUCAGAUUCCUUUCCUCGAUGUCAACAGCGAGAAGUUUGCCACCGGCCCACACAGUACAUUCAUCUCCAACAUCCUGAAGAAUUCGAAAAGCCAUGUUGGCAUCCUGGUGAACAACGGCUUCGGAGGACCCGCCUUAACCCAGCCAAAACCAGGUUACCUGAAGCGCACUAUCAGCGGACGAAGCCUUUAUCGAACAAAUGACUUGGCAAUGAUGCCCUCGAUGGAAGAUGGGCAUCAUAUAUUCUUCCCUUAUUUUGGAGGCGAUGACGACCAAGUCGUUCUUCGCUUGGUUCUCCAACUUGCCAAAAAUGCAACAAUCACAGCGACCAUAGCACAUAUCGUUCUUGAUGACACCGACACUCCUGCCUCUUCGUCCAAAAACCCGGCAGUAUUCUAUGGCCUUACCAUGGCACCAGAAGAAAAGGAAGCCGACAGUGCGUUUUUCAACACCAUUCGCGAUUCUCUUCCUUCCGAGCUUACUCCCCGAGUCAUCUUCCAGACAAUUCAUGCCACGACCACCGACCUGAUCAGCGCCACCUUGCAGACAGCCAAGUUAGAUGUAGGUAAAUCGAACCAAAAUCGGGGUGAUAUUGUCAUAGUCGGCAGGAACAGUGUCGUGCACGGUACCGGUUCAAGUUUCGGGCUUGCCACGUCUGCGCAGUCUGGGGAGAUUGGCUCGGAAGCUCGAAAGGCGCUAGGUGUCCUUGGUGAAUCGAUGGCUACGAACGCGAAUGACGUGAAGGCUAGCGUGCUCGUGGUUCAGGCGGGUAAAGAAGGCUGAAUUCCCAUUACAGCGAUUUCCAGUGCCUCUUGAUUUACAACGGAGGGGGGAGGGUGUGCUGGGUCUUAUUGAAGGCGGUGACGUUUCAUAUAUAUAUCGAGAGCGUAUAUAGGCCAGUAUGAGUGUUU